CUUUCCUUUUUUUUUUUCCCUUUCCAUUGUUUAAUUAGUUUUCCACCAUAUUUCUCUAAUUGGGCUUUAUUCGAACAGCAUUGCAAGGCCAACUCCCAUAUUUUCUGGGUAUUAGGAGCUCUGUUUCUAGUUGUGGUGGAUCGCAAUCGGGAGUUGACUUAGCAGUGAAGGAAAAUAUCGUAGCUCAUCUUUGACUUAAAUGGCUUUUGAUCACAAAGGAAGAGUUGUUGUGAUUAUGGGCGUUAGUGGCGCUGGCAAAUCUUGUGUUUAAAAUUGAUUUUUUUUCUAAGGCCGAAGUGGAAUUAGUUUUGGGGAUCCAUUUGAAAUUUGUUUCUGCGGUAACAUAGAAAGAGGAUGUAUGGAAUUAGUACAUUAAAGGGGAGGAAGACAGACUCUUGUUAAUUAUUCAUGGGUACGUGCGAUCAUCCAAAUAACAACAACAUAGUCAUUGCUGAGCACGACCCUUCAAGAUACUCUUUUGAUAUUGCCUGAUAGGCAUCUCUCGCACAAUAGGUGACAUGUUGGCCAAAGUUUUGAACUGUAGCUUUCUUGAUGCUGAUGAUUUCCACCCACUAUCAAAUAAAGAAAAGAUGAGCCAAGGUAUUCCCCUCUCAGAUGAGGAUCGUAUUCCAUGGCUAGAAACGCUACGGGGUGUUCUAAAAGAUAAGUUAGACAACGGAAAAACUGUGAUACUUGGGUGUUCUUCACUGCAGAAACAUUACAGAGAAAUUCUAAGAUCCGCUGAUGCUGAUUAUGUGCAUGGGAGCUAUGCUAGUACUGUGCAGUUUGUUCUUUUGGAUGCCAAGGCCGAUGUUCUUGCCGCUCGGCUCGAGAAACGAGCUGCAGAAGGGAAGCAUUUCAUGCCGGCCACACUUCUGCAAUCACAACUAGAGUCGCUUCACAUAGAUGAAGGUGAGGGGAUAUUUAAAGUUGAUGCCACCUUAAGCCCUUUAAUCAUUGUAAGCAAAAUACAAACAUUUUUGUUCUCUGAUUUUGAACAAGCCACUGGGAAUAGGGAUUGUUAAAGCAAUUUAUGAUUUCUCGAAUUGCAAUCGCUUCAGUGUUUUAUCAAAUGUAAUGUAUUUGAGUAGUAAUAAUCCAUUGUAUUUAUGUUCAAAGAAGACCAUCUUAACGUUGAGGAAGAUCAAACCCUAUACAGGUGAAAGGUUCCCUCUCCAUUCACAAUACUUGUAAAAACAUUGAAUCUCAACUAUUAGUAAGCUCACAAUUUUCUCGAUA